UGAGUGGCUGAGUGAGUUUAUCCCUAUGAGGCGGUGAGAGGCCCGGGGCCUACCUCAAAGGAGCGGGGUCGCGGCGCCUGCUAGCAGCGGGCCCCCUCCCUGUCCCCGGGCCCGGCGGCGCGGCGGCGGCGGCGGCGGCGGCGGCGGCGGCGGCGGCGGCUAGGUUGUGAGGAGGCGGGGAAGCGGGUGUCCGGCCCCAGCCAUGGAGGGCAUGGACGUGGACCUGGACCCCGAGCUGAUGCAGAAGUUCAGCUGCUUGGGCACCACCGACAAGGACGUGCUCAUCUCCGAGUUCCAGCGGCUCCUCGGCUUCCAGCUCAACCCGGCCGGCUGCGCCUUCUUCCUGGACAUGACCAACUGGAACCUACAAGCAGCAAUUGGCGCCUAUUACGACUUUGAGAGCCCAAACAUCAGUGUGCCCUCUAUGUCAUUUGUUGAAGAUGUCACCAUAGGAGAAGGGGAGUCGAUACCUCCUGAUACUCAAUUUAUAAAAACAUGGCGGAUCCAGAAUUCUGGGGCAGAGGCCUGGCCUCCAGGGGUUUGUCUUAAAUAUGUCGGGGGAGACCAAUUUGGACAUGUGAACAUGGUGAUGGUGAGAUCGCUAGAGCCCCAGGAGAUUGCAGAUGUCAGCGUCCAGAUGUGCAGCCCCAGCAGAGCAGGAAUGUAUCAGGGACAGUGGCGGAUGUGCACUGCUACAGGACUCUACUAUGGAGAUGUCAUCUGGGUGAUUCUCAGUGUGGAGGUGGGUGGACUUUUAGGAGUAACGCAGCAGCUGUCAUCUUUUGAGACGGAGUUCAACACACAGCCACAUCGCAAGGUAGAAGGAAACUUCAACCCGUUUGCCUCUCCCCAAAAGAACCGACAAUCAGAUGAAAACAACUUAAAAGACCCUGGGGGUUCCGGGUUCGACUCGAUCAGCAAAAACACAUGGGCUCCUGCUCCUGACCAAACCGAGCAAGAUGAGAAUAGACUCUCACAGAACUCUGUAAAUCUGUCCCCCAGCAGUCACGCAAACAACUUAUCAGUAGUGACUUACAGUAAGGGGCUCCACGGGCCUUACCCCUUCGGCCAGUCUUAAAUGGACACCGGCAAGAAGAAAAAUUAACAAAAGACAGAAGGCCUGACUUUGGGGUGGGGGGGAGGGCAGGGGGUUCCUCUGGAUUGCAGACCAUACCGCAUGGACCCCUGGCUCUGACCCCCCCCCAAUCCUGGAAGAAGAGGAAGAAGCAAAACAGACUAGUUUUGAGUAAACUCAGUAUGCAUGUGUGAAUGCUGAAUCGCAGGAAUGGUGUUGAGGCUACUAAGAAGAAACCCAUGCAGCCGCCUUGGGUUUUGUUUAUUAGGCAUCAGUCUAACAAGUCAUUAGGUCACUUGGGAAGGAAAACAAAGUUUCAAAUGGGGGAAAAAAAGCCAUCUUUUUAAACAAAAAUUACUUUGCCUACAGACAGGUUGUAGUUUUGAGCACACGUUAAUUUGUUUCCCUCUUUCCCCACUCUUUUCUUUUCCUUUUUUUUUUUUUCUUUUUUUUUAAGGUAAGGGAUAAUAUACCCUUUCUAGAAUAGCUGCUUGCUCUGGAAGCGAUUCAGGUUACAAGCUGGUGUGGCAUGUUUGGGGACUCCAUGGGUCUGUGCUACGGGUGGACAUCUCCUGUGCCACCUGACUCCAGCAGUCUCUGACCCCAUUUGUUUUUAAUGGCAUCAGCCAAUGAGUUAUCACCCUUUUCCUCUUCUUUUCUGUUUAAUCUUCUGUUGAUUUACACCUUUGACAUUUGUAUUCAUCAACCCUGUGGCUUGUUACCAUCAGAACCUCUCUGAAGACCAAACUUCCCUGUGUGGCCAGCAGAGGAAGUCUUGAAGACAGAUCUUGGGCAACAUGGAAGUUUCUGAGGCCCAGAGGUGUCCUUCUGCACACACAACAAUUCAGAUUGCUUUUUUCCAUGUUUCUCUUGGCAGAGAGAAAUGCCAUCACGCUUACUGCUCUUUUGGAUUCUUCAUACACAGUGGCUCCCCGUUCGCUCUGGAAACAGUGCCUCUGUGUGUGUGUGUGCCACAUGCACACACACACACACGAGUGUUGGUGCAGCUCACCAGCAAACAUGCGGCAGGCAGGUGGAAAGGUGUCCAGGCUUCUCUGUUGUUAACAAACUCCCUUCCCUUGUUUCCCUCCCUUGUCUUUUGUGCUAUUUUCACAGCCUGUUAGUGGAGGCUGAGCUGUUAACAUAUGAAGUUACAGCCCCAGAUGGGGAAUUGACCAUGGGGAAGGGCCACAGUUACUGACUAUGUGAUUUGGGAGACCACACUUUGAUGAAAUGAGAGCACCCCCACCCUCAGCAGAAUGCUUGGCUCUUGGGAGGUGGUGGGCAAGCGGCAGCCCAGCCAGAGCAGAAGAUGAUCGGCUGGCUGCCCACUUGGGCAUGUGGCCCCACUGGCAUCCUGUGGAUCCCAUGCAGAUUGAGAUGUGGACCUCUCCAUGGGAUGCUCGAACCAGGCUAGAACAGCUGUCUGCCAAAGAUACAAGAAUAUGCAAGUCCCUCUUCUCUUUUCUUCUCACCCCCUCCUUCCCUUGAGUCUUGGUUGGUUUGAUAGUCGGGGAUGUGGAUCUAGGGUGCGGUUGCAGGGUCACCUGCCUGUUCUCACACCUCCAUCCACCCCAGGGGUGAGAGACAAGCAGAGAGACCGGGUGAUGAGCGGCUGCAAGGGGUCAUAUAGCCUGGGUGUGGGUGAGGGUCUGCCUGCCUGUCUGUCUCUCGAGUGUCUGAGUUCCAAAAAUGUGUGUUGUUUGUUCCUCCUCAUCCUCUUCUGAGACUGUUGUUUUUUAAAGCUUGACUGUGGGAGAAAAGCUUGUAUGAAGUUCCCCCUUUACCUCCCCACCUCCCACAAAAUAAAAGGAUAAGCUUUGGUCCAGUGGAAAAGUGCUGGGUGAAGGUGGGGCCAGCCUGCCAAGGAGAGCAGUGCAGCUGGGUCUGGGGUGAGACUACGGCUCACCCCAAGCAGCCGCUUCCAGUGCACACAAGUGCCCCGCUCCUGAGCAGAGGGAAGUCCCUCUGGGUGCCCAGGCCAUCACCGGCCCAAGCCAGGGGCUCACCAUGGCUUUUUGUCUGAGGGCCCUCUGAGGCCCAGAUUGCCACUACUGUUGGUGCCAACCUCCUGGGACACUGCCACCCUGGAGCCCACAGACACCCCAGCCAUUCUCCUGGUUUGAUGGCCCUCAAGACAGCACGUCUCCAGCUACUGCUGGCAGGAUCAUGGGAGGCUUUACAUCACCUGGUUUCUUAGCUUCCUCAUCAGCCCCACACCAGGUGUCCCUUCCCCACUUCCCAGGAGAGGCUGUCUGGCUUGAUUCAGCUGGGGCUUUAGUAGGUCACCGUUAGUCUGGCCCUGCCAGAGGCAUCCCACUCCUCCUCUUGCUUGGAGGCAAGGUGACUGUCCCAAGCACGUUGACUCCCGUCCCAAGAGCAAACCAUUUCUGUACACAUCCUUGGAGAGGUGAGCUCCUUGCAGAGGGCCAGAGCAAGCACAAGCCAUGCAGUAGGAGUAAGGGAUUCCAUGGCUGCCCCAGGACCAUUCAGUCCCCUCUCACUAGUCUGAGUUCUGAGCAGUGCCUGGAGCCCCUUCUCCUCCCCUGCCUAGUGUGGUGAUAGAAGGGACUCUCUCAGCCCCAGUGUGCUCUGCUCCUCUUGGACUCUUCCCCAAAAGUCAGGCUGCCUCUAGGCAGGACCACAAGUGUCUGGCACCCAUGAGAGGAGGCAGACAGCAUCCUUAGGGGCCUGAGCCCAGCGAGGGAGGCAGAGAGACUCUGGCCUGGGAAGAACCUAUUGUGUGCAUGGAGUGAGGUGUGUGUGGAUGUGUGUACGCGUGCAUGCCUUUUUUUUUCUUUUUGCCAUGGGGACAGUUGAAUUUGGGGUAUUUUUCUACAAGAAACAGCCUUCUCUCCCCCAGUAAGGAUUGGCUGUAACCUUAAGCUCAUCAUAGAACCUCACCAAGACAGCUUGUGUGUCUUGAGGAUGGCCAAGAUGGGAUCCCCAAAUUCAACCGGAGCCCCAGCAGGAGAGGACGGUGGGGUUGCCAGGGCUCAGAAGUGCAAGCUGAUUCCCCACCCCACCCUGCCUUGCCUUUCCUUCAUUUCCUUGGUUGAGUGCUGGAGCAGCAGUGGCUGCCCGUCCAACCUGGACAGUGGUGUGUAGCAAGCAGGCUGGGUGGGUGUUUGUGGUGGGGCCUCUUGGUGCCUGGGAGGAGCUGAAGAUGGGGAGGUUUUUCCUUACUGUAUAAAUGAAUAUUUGUAUGAUUAAAUUAACACACACACACACAAAA